AUGUCUGUACAAGGAGGUGCAAGUGGUGGUGGGGAUACCACCAACUAUGGAGAUGAUCCUGACGUAGGAGAGGGUUCAGCAAUGGACGCUAGUCGUGACAUUACGCACGUGAAGGCGAUCUUAGAUGAAGCCGGUAUUGUAGACUAUGACCCUCGUGUGGUACAUCUUCUUCUCGACUUACUCUACGCGACAACGUCUGGUUUGCUGACCAAAGCAAAAGCUAUUUCGCAGCAUUGCGGGAAAAUUGUGAUCGAUGAGGCCGAUGUGCAAAUGGCCGUGGACUUUAGUGGUGAGAUGUUCUGUCUUCUGCAACCUAACGUUGAAUGGCGUGACUCAGAUCGAAAUACAACAGAUUUACUGUCGAACAACAGAUCUAUACCAAUUGGGCAAAUGUCGGCUACUGGACCUUAUGUGGAUGAUAGUCUACAACAACUUCGUCCUGAACAUGUUACAAAUCUAUUGAAAAGAUCUAAUGAGGAAGAUUUUGAUGUAUGA